AUGGAGUCCAACGACGGCUGGAGCCUCGGCUGGGAGGGCGUGGACGCCCUCUGGUCGGUUUUCCAGCCCGGGGCGCCCGGGGACCCGAAGCCGCGAACCGCGGCGCCCGCGCGGUCCGAGCCCAAGUUCGAUGCCACCGGCGCUCGCGCGAGGCUCUACGACCAGCGGAUCGCGUACGCCGAGAAGGCGACCGAGGCGGUCGCGCUGACGGCGGCCCUUCGCGCGUGGCGGCCCGAGGACGGCGACGACGCCAACGCGCUGCAGCUCGCGACGACGCUGGUCGACUGGUCCCUCGCCGUGCUGUCGUACGGUGGCCUCGGCGCGAGGCCCGCCAAGGGAAAGGCGAAGAGCAGGGGCGGCGGUGACGAGGACGGCGAGAAGAAACAACGAACGAACGGGCCGCCCCCGCCGAGGGCGGCGGGCGCGGAUCCCCCGACGCCGCGUGCGCUGUGCGCGGAUAUCACGCUGUGGCGCGCGCUUCACGCGGGCCUGGCGCACGGCGCGGAUCGCGGUGUGCACGGCAAGGUGACGCCGUCGGCGGCGGCCACGUCACAUCUCAUGCUCGCCGCGACGGCGGCGGCGACUGGAUCAUCGGACUCCCUAGGACUCCCAUCGAUCGAUGCGAUCGACGACGACGAGAACGACGACGAGAACCUGCCGUCGCACAUCGCGGAAAGCCUUGGGCACGUUCGCGUGAGGCUCGGCCGAGAGUUCAAACCCGCGCCGGAGCAGUGCAUUGCCUGCGGGUCCGCGUGCGUGACCCGGGGCGUCACAGCUGGCGGAACCACAGCUGGCGCGGCACCCGUCGACGACCGAUGGAAGCCGCUGAUCGACGAGUGCUUCCGGCUCAUUCACCACAUGAUCGUGACGCACGGGCAGAACAAGCCCGCGCCGGUGGUUCCUGACGCGUUGAUGGCGCGGAUGCUGAGGGACGCCGUGGGCGAUGUCGACGGAGCCGCGGGUUUGUGUACUCGGUCGCUAGUGUUACACCCGACGCACAGGACGUCGAUUCCCGCCGCGUUCGCCGCGGCUGGGGGCAAGCCCGUUCCAAAGUCGACGCAACAACCGCCGUCGAAGAAACGAAAAGGAAAAAAGGGGAAGGGGGCCGCGGACGACGCGGAUGCGGAGGAUGGGGACGGGGAGGAGGCGGGGGAGUCGAAGGUUUGGAACCGCACGCUUCCCGCGCCCGAGUACGUGCGAAACGCGGCGAGGAUGAUCGUGAACGACGGGGAGUGCGUCCGUCUGGCGCCGUGGCUCUUUCGCUCGUUCGUCGAGGACGCCAACGCGUUCGCCAGUUACCGGAGCGGGAAGAGGGCGACGGCGGCGGGGUCCAACGAUGAACCCGUCUUCGUGAACAAGCCCGGGCGAUGCAUGCCAGCCGUGCGCGGCGACGCGAAGCUGCUCUGGGACGCGUUCUUCGAACCAUGCGUGAGGUUCGAGACGGGCGACGCGCGGGCGGCGGGCGGCGGAGAAGGCGCCGACGGACGAAGACGCCGGGGGCGGGGCGUCAAGAGGGACAUCGACGGCGACACAGCUGGCGGCGGGGGUGACACAGCUGGCGGCGGCGGCGGCGUUCGGGACGCGACGUCGAGACGCCGCGUCGCCGCGGCGCUCGUGCGCGCGUGCGAUGUCGCGGGCCUGUACUCGUACCUCGGCGGCGACGACGCGGCUCCGGCGCCGGACCGGCUGAACGUCCGGGACCGGCUGGGCGAGUACGCGAACGCGCUCUUCGCGAAGACGUCGGAUGCAUCGCCCGGCGCUCCCGGAUCGGUGACCUCGUCCAAGGCUGCGACGUGCGCGGCGGCGACGGCGCUGCUGGAGGUUGACGUCCGCAUCGUCGAGCCGCACUGCGCCGCCAUCGUCGCGGAGGUUUGCCGAGCCGCGGACGCGGAGGAGAGGGACGCGGCGGCGGCGGCGCAGUUCCUCACGACGCUCGUCAAACAGUACGCCGCUACCCGGCAGUUACCCGCGCUGCUCUCCAAGAUGGGCGCCGCCGUGGCGUCCUUGCGGGACGACGACGCGCCCUUCGAGGUUGGCGCCGUGUUGGAUCACCCCGCGGUGCUCGAAGCCGCGGGUGCCGAGGUUCAGCGGAUGCUCUCGGGCAUGAUGUCCCAGAUUUGCGUUUGCGCGCAUGGAGCGAUGUCGCACGCGUUGGGAAGGUGCGAGUGGGGAACGGGAGCGAACGGCGCCGGGCACGGCGCGAGGUGCGCGGCGCUGGGCGCGUUCAUCGCGAAAAUGGUCCACGCGCUUCCGGCACCCGCCGGUGAGGCUAUCGAUGCCGGCGCGCGGGUGGCGCUCGAGGAGUUGUCCGCGGAGAUUUGCGGUCGACUCCGCGACUGGUUCGCCACAACGUCGGGUCGCAACUUGGCCGUCGAGAAGAAGGACGCGGAGAAGAAGGAGAAGAAGAGAAAAAAGAAGAAUAACGACGAGGAGCAAAGGGAUGAGGAUGGGUCGCCGCGCGGACGGGUUUCGGGAGCGGGCGACGCGUCCAUCGCGGGCGCGCUCCUGUCGGUGUACGUGCAGGCGCAGGCCAUCCUGGAGAUUUGCCACGAUCGCGACGAGCUCUACAGCUUCCACCGGCGACCGUACCUCUUCACCCCCGACGCCCCACCGAUCGUCUCCGUCGUCGCCGCGAUCCUCAACCUCGAUCCGGAGAACGACGCGGCUCCGUGUGAGGCCAACGACGGGACCCCGUACGGAGCCGCGGCGGCCAAGUCGAGGGCCACCGCCGCGGCGGGCGCCGCUCUGCAGCGCGUCGUCCAGCUCGCCAAAGUCGCCGAGCCGCCCCCCGCGGGCGUUUCCGAUCCGGACGCCAUCGACGAGGCGCGCGCGCUCGUCGACGUCUGCGCCGCGUGCGCGGGGUCCAGACGUCGAACACCGGAAGCCGACGCGGUGCGUGACCUCAUGCGCACGUGCCAGGACGUUUGGAUGGCGUACGCGUCUCCGGCGGCUUUGCGCGAGUGGGUACGCGACGGAACAGAUGACGUGUUUCGGGACCGGCGGCUGCUGAAGCUGUGGACGCGGGAGGCUGUGCGCGGGGUGGUGCGCGCGUGCGACGGGGUUAAAACGGCGACGUCGUUGGGCGCGAUCGCGACGUCGAUCGUGGAAGAGGUUGGCGCUGGCGCCGGGGAAGACACCGAGGAGGUGGCGUGGUCGAGGUGGCGGGAGACGCGGGAGCUGGCGGCGAAGUUUUGGGCGCUGGACGAGGGCGCUUGGUCUGACGUUGGUGCGACAAAAGAUGCAGGAAAGCGCGGUAAGAAGUCCGGAAAGCGGCGAAAGGGCGGCGACGACGGUGUCGUCGGCGGCCCGGACGAAACGAAGGCUGGCCUGGACGAGAUGAACGCCGCGAUCGGUCGGCUCGCGUCCAUGCCGACGCAGGUGGUUGACGACUGCGACGCGCGCUGGCUCGUCGCCGCGUGCGUCGCCGCCGAUUGCGUCGCGUUCACCGCCGCCGCGGCGCGCGUCGAUUCGUGUUCCGUCGACGACGACUCGACCGUUUUGUUCGCCGCGGUGGACGUCAUGGCCGCCGCGCGAAGAGCCGUCGCGAAGUUCGCCAACGUCGACGAGGCGUCGGCUUCGUUUGUCCUCGCCGGGUCGAUUUCCAAGACGCGAGCGAUUUUCGCGGAUGCCUCGCUGGAGAUGACCAGACGCAUCGAGAAGCUUCUGAAGAAGAAAGUAGGUGACGGCGGCGACGACGUGUUGGGUUUGACCCUCGUCGACGCCGACGCGAGGGCCAGGACGUGCUCGUUCGCGUACGCCACGUCGUCCUUCGUCCAAGCCUCGGUGCAACACGCGAGGGGCGACGCUUUCUUCGCGGCGCUGGCGGCGUGCGACGCGUCGGUGACCCCAGCCGUGCGAGAUGCGUCGAAGCAGGCGCACGCCAUCCUACUCGCCGCGAUCGAGCGCGUCGAGGCGAGGAGGGCGAAGAAAAAGGCGGAGCGUGAGGCGGCAGAGGCGUCGGCGAUUCACUCGAAGAUGACCCCGCGAUCGGUCAAGCUCAGACGACGCAGGGAGGAAACGCCGCGGGAAACCCCGCGCGCGGACCCGGACCCUAGCCCUAAACCCUCGAGCGGCGAGGCAAUCGCGUUGGACGACACGAACCGCGAUCGACGUACCGACCCGACGCCCGACCGUAAACCCCCGGGGAGGGACCCGCCCCCGGACGUCGGCCCGGCGUCCGUCGCGGCGCUGGCUCUCGCGGAAGCCGUGCUCACCGCCGCGACCAACGGCGUGGCGUCGCUCGGGUGCGAGAGGGACGCCAACGCGAUGGUCAACGACGGCAACGACAUCAAGGAGAGGGACGACGCCGUCGAUCGCGUCGGUCCCGCGUCCACGCGCGCGUGGUCCGCGGUCGGGUCUCUCCGCGGCGCGACGAUUGACGUGGCGACGGGGGCGCUGGCGAAGCUCUCGCGAGGGUCGCCCCCCGGCGUGACGGACGCCCUGGCGUCCGCGCUGUCGGGCGGCGCCGCCUCCGCGGGCCUCGCGGAGUUGGGCAUCGUGUACUCGAAGCGGGGCGAACCGUCGCGGAUAGUCCCGGAACCCGAUUCGAUUCGCAGGGGUUUACAGUACGCGUGCGGCGUGCUGCGGGAUUGCUCGAAGGAUGGCUGGAUCGUCAAGUACCCCGCCGGCGCGGCGAAGGCGAUCGACCUGAUUCGCUCGACGGUGGACGUCUUCUCCGCGAACGGACCCCACCUCACGCCCACCGCGCACGCCGCCCUUUUGGCCACCGUGUUGUCCACGUACGACGUGUCCGCGCGUCACGUCAAGUACGGCGAGGACGACAGGCUCCCGUCGCCGCCGCGCGAUUUAUCAGUGGCGUUGAACCGAGCGAUGGGCUCGUUGCUCCACGGCGCGGGUAAGCGUCUGCUCGGCGCCGCGUAUCGCUACUGCAUCGAUCAGAUGCGCGCGCACGACAGCGCGCACAGGUCGAUCUACCCCUUUGGCAAAUACGCGUUCGCGGACAUGAGCGAGGCGAGGCACAAGGAGCUGGGCUUUGGGACGCCGUACGACGGCUGGGAGACGGCUUCGAGUUUAGCCGCGCCGCUGUGGUGCAUGCAAUCGCUCGUCAAUCACACGGGCUGGGGCGGUAAAGCCGCGAGACUCGCGGCGACGGAGCACGCCGAGUACGCGUGCAACACGCUGAUGGACUGCGCGAAGAUGGCGACGGAGAGGGGCUCGUGCGGCGAGCCCGGGGAGUCCCCGUCGAGAGCCGUCGCGUGGGCGGCGGUGAACGCGCUGACGACGGUGGCGGGUCGGGGUAAGGGGACCCCGCUGAGCAGCAGGUGCUGCUCGCGCAUGGCCAUCUUACCGCAGAGUAUAUGCGAGGGCUUGGUCUCGGUGGACAGCGGCGGGUCGCUCUUCGCGGGGUGCUGCGCGCUGCUCUCCUGCUUGCUGCGCAGGAGAACCGUCGAGCUCAAGCGAUGCUCAGCCAUGUACACCGUAUCGUGUCAGUACCUCCUCGACGCGAUGCGUAAGUGGAACGCGCGCGAGAUCGAGGAGAGGCGAGCCAGGGGCGACGCGACGGAGCAGGCCAAGGAGGCGGAGAUCGAGGCCGCGGCGCUCUCGGACGACGCGUUGACCCGCGAGUGGCAGCGGAUCACCGCCAUCGAAGAGCGAGAGAGCGCGGAUGCGUUUGCGACGAAGAUGCGUUUGGCGGCGACGCACAUGGUUCCCGUGUACGAGAGCGCCAACAAGGGAAAGCUCGGGACGAUCUACUGCCAGCACCUCCUCGCGGACGCCAUCACCGCGUGCACGGGCAGCGCCGUACACGCCAAGGCUGCGGGCGCCAGCAUCGGGGCGCCGGCGGAGCGCGCGCUCAAGCCGGGCAUUUUCGCGCUCAUGGACUCGGUCGGGGACAGGGAGUUCCAGCAGCUGCACAUGGCGUUCGUGAGCGGACAGGGUGGGGCGAGGCGGAUGAUCCUGAGGAAGUUCAUCGACGAGUACCGCCGCACGCACAAGUUCGACGGGAAGAUCUGA